AUGGCUUCGAUAACGAGCCCUAUCCGCGCUGAAAUGCCGACACCGCCUGCCUCGUCCGUUGCAACCUCGCAACACUCAUCACCUUUGCCCCAGCCACGAAGACAUCCAUUGCCGCCUGGUGGUACCAAAGAAAGUGAGCUCAUCAGAUACCUGGACUAUGGGGUGAACCGAAUCCAGAAACGAGUGGACAAUCGUGUCACAAACAGGAAGACCCCAGCAUUGAUGGGGCAAGAAGAGGGGUAUCGCGCCUUUUGGGAGGUUGCAAAGGACCUAGAUGGCCUGGUAGAUGUUGUGUGGGUGUCAGGGUCACCAAAUCUGCAAAUUCCCUAUCUCCUCAACAUCGCUGUGCUCACGGCCGACUACCUAUCGCAGUUCCAUAGCACGACACGCUCCACCCAAGCCACAUUUCGGCUCCUGUCGAAGCUCGACUUCGCUUUCUCAUCCCUCCUUGCGGGUCACAACUCUUCGACUGGCGAGGCGCUACCUGGGUUCGAAGCAGGCCGGUCGGUAGCUACAACAGAUAAGGUGCGACUGAAAGGCAUUGUCGAUCGCACACGGUUGAAUGUGGUGCGUGUACUAAGUGGAGAGAGCGUUGUGGGAGACGUUGAGGACGAGGAUGAAGCCAUGGAUGCCGACCCCGAUGGUGACCAGAAGAGACAAGCUCCAGGCGAUCAAGGAACCGUGGUGUUUGAAGGCUUCGAGGACAAUGAGGAUGAGGAAGAGGAUGAAGAAUGGGAGGAGCGCAAUAUGGGCAAUAUCUACGAAAAGACAAUAGGCGAGUUGGGUGAUGUUCUUGGUGGCCCCCCUAUCGGAAUUAUAACAGAUGACUGGGGUGUUAACGGGACGGACGGAGAGAGAAGAGGACAGGGCUUCAUUGAGUCUGGCGGAGAGAUUGAACUGUGA